UCAUGUUUCGGGAACGUCAAACGACCAUAAAUUGGUAACCUCGCGAUUGCUGCACCAUGUUAUAAAAACUCGAUGAGCAAUAAGUUUUAAAAUCAGCAACGUAUAGCAACCAAUAUUGCUGUAAAAUGCUCAAGCGGCGAUCUAAAAAUACUUCCGUGUGGGAAGAAACUGACGAGAUGAAAGAGGAUCAUGAACAGCAGACUCAAUCCGAUAACAACGAAGCUUCAGAUUCCGAUGUCGAAGAUCUACAAAACAACCAAGAAGAAUCUUCCGACCCGGAAGAAAAACCCACUACUAUACUCGAGCGUAAAGCUAAAACCAAACAGAAGCUGGUCACGCCAAUAACGAAGAAGCGAAAAGCAGGUAUUAUCUACAUUUCCACAAUCCCCAAACAUAUGAAUGUUACAAUAUUGCGCGAGCUACUAGAGCCGUACGGUGAGGUGGGUCGGAUUUAUCUGCUACCAGAACGAAAAGAAGGAAAAAUUCGCAAAAAGACCGCUAAAGGUAAACGGGCGAUGGUUCGCUACACCGAAGGUUGGGUAGAGUUCAAGCGCAAACGGAUUGCCAAAGCCGUUGUCCAGCAUCUAAACACUCGACCAAUCAGCACGAAGAAGAAAUCCGUUUUUUGCGACAUCCUGUGGAGUAUGAAAUACCUGCCAAGAUUCAAAUGGAUUCAUCUUAGCGAACGCUUGGCCUACGAACGGGCGAUAUUCAAGCAAAAACUACGAACGGAGAUCGCUCAAGCCCGCAAGGAAGCUAGCUUCUUCCAAAGCAGUUUGGAUCAAAGCGAGGCAGUUAGGAAGAAAAUGAAGAAAGCUCAAAAGGAGGCUAAUAAAGUAUAAUUCUAGUUUAUUGUA